AUGUGGGCAAUUAAUGGAGAAAAAUCACCAGGUCCUGAUGGCUAUGGAAGUAAGUUCUUCAAAGAUAGUUGGGAAGUGGUAGGAAAAGAUGUAGUAGGUGCUGUAAUGGAAUUUUUCAAAAUAGAAAAACUACUAAGAGUGUUGAAUCACAUAGUGAUUGCCAUCAUACCUAAGAGUUCUCAUGCUACUAGUGUGGGAGACUAUAGACCUAUAGCAGGAUGGACAACCAUUGUGCAAAAUAUUCUGAUAUGUCAGGACUUGGUAAGGCUGUACAAUAGGAAGAAUAUUACUCAGAGCUGUUUGAUCAAGAUUGACCUCAAAAAGGCAUAUGAUACUGUAGAGUGGUCGUUUGUGGAAGAAAUUCUCCAUGCAAUGAAUUUCCCUCAUAGAUUCAUUAAAUGGAUAAUGGCAUGCUUGAGCACUAAUGCAGGAAAGUCGAAUAUUUUUAGUGCUAAUAUGGAAAAUCAAGUAUUAGAAGAUUUAUGUGAGGCAACUGGAUAUUAG